AACAUGGUGUGUCCGGCAAAAUGCUUUACAGCACCGUCUUCUCUGGCGGGCUCGGAUCUCCAUUAAAUGCCCGCGCAAAGAUAUAUCGCCAUAGAAAACAGGGGAGCUCUGCAGAGAGCAUGGGCGAAGCAUUGCUGACAAGAGUGCCUUAAGAAUCGCGCUCGUCUCUGGCAGUAGAUAGAUUGAUAGAUAGUUUCGCGAGCGAUUCGCGCUCGCCCACCAGGGAGAUUGGGAGAUUCGAGAAUCGCCAUCUUUUCUCCUCUCUCUUGUCUUCUUCGAUCGAUGAUCUUCAACCAAAAGUACCACGGGAGGAAGGGCGCGUUGCAGCGGUGUCGAUUGUGGGUGCAAACGCUGGGCCGGGAUAUGCAGAAGAGCGGAGUUUACAGAAGCGUGACCGAGUACGUGCCGAUGAUCACGGGAGCAAUCCUGACACUGCUUCUGUUUUGGAGCUUCUUCGUGUCACCUCUGCUCGAGGCCGCUCAAGAGCACGUCAUUCAGCACGAGGACAAGAGCAAGGCCACCGAAGCCGGGAGGCACACCCUCUCGGUGGAUGGAUCAUCGAGGCAGAACUAUGGUGGCGGGCAUGGAGCCGAGGAUUUCAUGCCGGAGAGGACCGACAUAGAGUCCCUGCUCAACAAGACGCUGUCGAUCGAUCCGCUGCUCAACACCUCCUUCACCCUGGGCGCCAGGAUCUCCGACUGGGACGAGCAGCGGCGAGCGUUCCUCGAGAAGAAUCCCGACGCCAAUGUGGAUUCCUCGGGCAGGCCAAAGCUCUUCAUGCUGACGGGAUCGCAGCCCGGCCCCUGCCACAAUCUCAUGGGCGAUCAUAUGCUCCUCAAGGCCGUCAAGAACAAGAUCGACUACUGUCGCAUCCACGACAUGGAGCUCUUCUACAACAUGGCCACCUUCAGCCGUGACAUGCCCUCCUGGUGGGUCAAGCUCCCUCUCAUUCGAUCUUUCAUGCUCGCACACCCCGAGGUGGAGUGGCUAUGGUGGAUAGACAGCGACGCCGUCCUCACCGACAUGACCUUCCAGUUCCCAUCGGAGCGAUACAAGGACUACAACCUGGUGAUCCAUGGCUGGGAGCACCUCGUCUAUGGGGAGCGUAAGUGGACUGGUCUCAACAUGGGCAUCUUUCUGGUGAGGAAUUGCCAGUGGACGCUGGAUCUCUUCGACACUCUGGCGCCGAUGGGCUACCGCGGCGUCGUGGGCGAUCGAGUCGGGAAGGUCCUCACCAUGGCUCUCUCCGGCAGGCCCGAGAGCUUCGAGUCGGACGACCAGGGAGCUUUCAUCUAUCUCCUCAAUGCCGAUCGCAACACCUGGGGAUCCAAGGUCUAUCUCGAGAACUCCUACUUCCUCAAUGGAUACUGGAAGGAUAUCGUGGACAAGUAUGAAGGCUAUGUGGAGAGCAGCCACCCGGGAUUUGGCGACGAUCGAUGGCCUUUCGUCACGCACUUCACCGGGUGCCAGAUUUGCAGCGGCAAGAUCAACAACGUCUACACGGCGGAGGAGUGUACGGCACAGAUGUCGCGGGCGCUGACGCUGGCGGACAACCAGGUGCUCCACUCGUACGGAUACGCGCACCCGAGCUUGGCCACCGCCGAGAUCGUCCCCGUCGACAAGAAGGAUGCCGGCGACGACCAUCAUUGACCGGCAUUGACCCUCUGUUUCUCAUGCGCUGGAUGGAUUGGAAGCUUACAAGCGGGGCAGCUGAGCGCUUUUCUCCUCCGUGCAAAGGACGAGCAAGGCAGAAGAUACCAAGUGAGCGAUAUGACCUUCUCUUUUUUCUUCUUUAGUUCUAUACGAAUCCAGUUGAUAAACGCAUCAAAGAAUCAAGAUAGUAGGCAGAGCCAGCUGCUGCCAGCCAGUUUAGCUGUGCGCUUUAGAAGAAAAAACUGUACUCGUUUACAUGGAACAAAAGUACUGUCUAUACUCUCUCUAGA